AUGUUUAAAAUUAGAAAAAGAUCCAAUAAAGACAACCUUAUUUGUCAAAGGCCUGGUUGUAAUAAUAUCUGUAAAAUUGAAAAUAAUGGUAUUGAGGUUAAUUAUUGUAGUAGUUCUUGUCAGGCAAAAAAUUAUUCUAGCGUAGACAAUAAUUCUAUGACAAACGAAAUUCCUCAAAUUUUACAACCCAUUUCUACUUACAACACCGCAAAAAUGAAUAAUAAUAAUAACAGUGGAGGAGGUAGUAGUAGCAGUAGUAAUAUGAUAGAUGAUGAUGAUGAAUCAUCUGAUAUUCCAUUGUGGCUAAGUGCACCGGCCGAAAGGGAUUUAAUUUACGGUGAUUUUAUUUAUGAUCCAAUCUCGAUUCCUUCUAAUAAUGCUAUUAAGGAUGAUGAUGAUGAUCUAGAAAUAUCAUGCCCAUCUUGUACAUUCUUUAUUCGACCAAAUAAAACAGUAUGUGAAAUGUGUGGUACAAUAGUAUCAAAAAAGAAGGAGGAAAAGAAAACAGCAACAGCAACGUCUCCACCUCCAUUACCAUCAUCAGUUGUCAUAGGUCGAAAUGCAACUUUAUCGGGCUCAAUUGAAUUACAAUGCGGCUCGUGUUCGUUUAUUAAUGAUCCAAAUAGUGGACAAUGUGAAAUGUGCUUUUUACCUUUAAUUAAUAAGAACAAAAAUAAAUUUGAACAUUUAUUUGCAAAUAAGUUACCAAACAACAACAAUGACAAAAUUCAAUGCUUACAUUGUACAUAUUUAAAUAACUCAUCAUCCUUGACAUGUGAAAUGUGUCAUAAUGAAUUAGUUGGUGGUGGUGAAAGUUUAAGAUCGAUUAAUAAAAAUAAGAAAACAAUUGUAAUUCCUUUGAAAAUGAAUGAUCACGAUUACAUGGUCACACAGCAACAUUUCCGUGUUGGAUUACCGGCAGCAAAAAUUUUGACAAUAUUGCGCUUACAAAUGCCAUCCAGAUUAGUUGAAGCACAUGAAAAACAUAAGAAACAAAUAGCUAAAAAUGGUAAUCGUAAUUUGGAAUCCGUUACUCAUAAAAUGUUUCACGGAACAAGAGUUUGUUGCAAUGUGGUUCGUUAUGGUGGAUUAGCUGUAUGGGAUUUUUGUAAAGCCAAUUGUGGAGUGUGUGGAAUAGCAACGAAUGGAAAUAGUCGUAAAUUUUCUAAACAUCAAGGAAGAAUGUGGUUUGCAAAUUCUUCUGCAAUUUCUCUUGGUUACUGUUCAAAUGAUCCAAUUAAAGCAAUCUUUAUAGUGGAUGUAAUUUCAUUAGUAGGACCUCAAGCAAAUGUAAUUAUUGUUGAUAAAGAAGAGGCAACGCUUGUAAAAUUCUUGGUCCUUUUUCAGUGA